AUGUCAGACGACGGCGAGCAGGGCCUUGAUCUUGGUGCCGUCUUUACGGAGCCUCCGCGUCCCCCUACACCUCCGCCUACAAUCGCGGUCUAUGAGCGCGACGCCACGGUGACCGACGAUGACUGGAGACAGAUCCAGAUAACACUUGUGGGCAGCCACCCUCUAUGGGGUCACCAUCUCUGGAAUGCCUCGCGCUCUUUCGCCUCCUUCCUUGACCGCAAUCGAGCUUUGUGCAGAGAUCGCAACGUGCUCGAGCUGGGCGCCGGAGGAGGUUUGCCUGGACUCGUAGCCGCGAAGCUCGGUGCUCGGAAGGUCGUGUCAACGGACUAUCCGGACAUUCAACUAGUCGAGAACAUCAUGAGAAACGGCGCUGAUAACCUGACACACGAAGAGCUUGAACGCUUUGCUGCCCUGGGGUAUGUAUGGGGAGCAUCCGUCGAACCUUUAUUGGAAGCAGCCGCCAGCGGGGACGCCGAAGGGGCAUCCUUCGAUCUGAUCAUCAUGUCCGACCUGGUGUUCAAUCACUCACAGCACGAUGCUUUACUGAAGACCGCCGAGCUCACACUGUCGUCAUGGCUGGGACAUUCGACGCGUGGAUCUACCGACGAGGUGCCCUGUCUGCUGGUAUUUUACUCCCAUCAUCGACCACACCUCGCAGAUCGCGAUCUCGAGUUCUUUCGCAAGGCAGAGGCUCGCGGUUGGACAUGUACAGAGAUCGUGACUGAGAAGUACCCACCUAUGUUCCCCGAGGAUCCUGGAGAGGAAGAAGUCCGUGCUACGGUUCAUGGUUGGAAGCUCAUACGACGAGAAUGA